AUGAAGUCCUCCGAUAUCGAUCAGGAUUUAUUUACAGACAGUUACUGCAAGGUGUGCAGUGCACAGCUGAUAUCGGAAUCUCAGCGCGUGGCCCACUACGAGAGUCGAAAACAUGCCAGUAAAGUCCGACUAUACUACAUGCUUCACCCCAGGGACGGUGGGUGUCCCGCAAAGAGGCUCCGAUCAGAGAAUGGAAGCGAUGCCGACAUGGUGGAUAAAAACAAGUGCUGUACCCUCUGUAACAUGUCCUUCACCUCCGCGGUGGUGGCUGACUCACAUUAUCAAGGCAAAAUCCAUGCCAAAAGGUUAAAACUGUUGCUAGGAGAGAAAACCCCGUUAACGACCACAGCAGCGCCUCUGAGCUCACUUAAACCUCCGAGAGUGGACACUGCUCCAGUGGUCUCAUCUCCCUAUCAAAGAAGAGAUUCAGACAGAUACUGUGGGCUCUGUGCAGCCUGGUUUAACAAUCCUCUGAUGGCCCAGCAGCAUUAUGAUGGCAAGAAACACAAAAAGAAUGCAGCAAGAGUUGCUUUGUUAGAACAGCUUGGGACAACUCUGGAUACGGGGGAGUUAAGAGGUCUGAGGCGCAAUUACAGAUGUACCAUCUGCAGUGUCUCUCUAAACUCAAUAGAACAGUAUCAUGCCCAUCUGAAAGGAUCUAAACAUCAGACCAAGUAG